UCCGGAUCUGGCGGCUAGAGCGUCUCUUUCUUCCGCAGGAAGCGGAAGAAUCGUAGGGUGGGCGGCUCUUUGUCGAAGCUAGAGGACCGGCAGGCGGCAGCAGCAACUACGGCGGCGGCGGCAGGUGAGGGAGGCGGGAGACUUAGGUGGAGGCCGCGCCCGGAGGGGAGGAGUCGGGGAUGGCCCUGCGGCUGGGCACUGCCGGGCCACACGAGCCUCCCUAAACGCCCCCGGAACCGACAUGGCUCUUCCUCGUUACCCAGAACAGAGCCCUUUUUUCUGUCUGACCUCGCUUCCCGAGCUCCGUGACGUCACAGCCCUGCCCAUCCCCUCAGCUUGAUGUCACCCUGAGCCCCCCUCCCCUUUCACUUUUCGCUUCCUUGGUGUCCUAGUCACCUGGUCCACUGCUGAGUGCUGGCACCGCUUCGCGGAGCCGGCCGAGCCAGAAGACUUCUAGGGAAACUCCUAGGACUUUUCGUGAACUCUAGGGUGUUGGGGUUCGUCGUAACCACCGCCCCCAAGUCUAGUGUCGCCUUCCCACUGACACAGUCAGUUGUUGCCCUUGUCCAGCUUUCAGGUUUGGCGUUCCGAACUCCAACCCUAGAUCGGACUCUGAACCCUAUAUCCUUCACAUCUUGAGAACCCAGCAGUGAUGUGGAGGUGGAGACUCACGGGAGCCCCGGACUUCACCUGAGCUACCUCAGUCGCCAAGAGUGGCAAGAAAAGGAAGAAGAUCCUGAGUCGGGGGGGACCAGGAUGCCUGACCGGGACAGUUAUGCCAACGGUACUGCCAGCAGCGGUGGAGGCCCUGGAGGUGGUGGCAGUGAGGAGGCCAGUGGGGCUGGGACAGGCAGUGGGGGGGCCACCUCAGAUGCCAUCUGUAGAGACUUCCUGAGGAACGUCUGCAAGCGAGGCAAGCGCUGUCGAUACCGCCAUCCAGACAUGAGUGAGGUGUCCAAUUUGGGAGUAAGCAAAAAUGAAUUUAUCUUCUGCCAUGACUUCCAAAACAAGGAGUGUAGCCGCCCCAACUGCCGUUUCAUCCAUGGCUCCAAGGAGGAUGAGGAUGGCUAUAAGAAGACAGGAGAGCUGCCUCCCCGGCUGAGGCAGAAAGUGGCCGCUGGGCUGGGUCUCUCACCUGCUGACCUACCCAAUGGUAAGGAGGAGGUCCCUAUCUGCCGAGACUUCCUCAAAGGUGACUGUCAGAGAGGAACCAAGUGCAAGUUUCGGCACCUGCAAAGGGAUUUUGAGUUUGAUGUUCGAAGUGGAGGCGGCGCUGGAGGUGGAGGCUCGACAGGCUCUGCUCCCCCAGGACGACGGCAUGACCUCUAUGACAUCUAUGACCUUCCAGAAAGGGGCUUUGAGGACCACGAACCAGGCCCUAAGCGCCGGAGAGGUGGCUGCUGCCCUCCUGAUGGCCCCCAUUUUGAGCCCUACGAAUGUAACUUGGCUCCACUCCGUGGGGUUGAGUGCAGACUGCUAGAGGAGGAGAACGCCCUGCUCAGGAAACGCGUGGAAGAGCUGAAGAAGCAGGUCAGCAACCUGCUGGCCACGAACGAGGUACUUCUGGAGCAAAAUGCCCAAUUCCGCAAUCAGGCCAAGGUUAUGACCCUGAGCUCCACUGCACCCGCAACUGAGCAGACCCUGGCCCCCACUGUGGGCACUGUGGCCACUUUUAACCAUGGCAUUGCCCAGACUCACACCACUCUGAGCAGCCAGGCUCUCCAGCCUCGGCCUGUGUCCCAACAAGAACUUGUUGCUCCUGCUGGAGCGCCGGCUGCUCCCCCAACUAAUGCUGCACCUCCUGCUGCUCCACCACCCCCACCUCCACACCUGAACCCAGAGAUCACACCACUGUCAGCUGCUUUGGCUCAGACCAUCGCCCAGGGGAUGGCACCCCCGCCUGUUUCCAUGGCCCCUGUAGCUGUGUCUGUGGCUCCUGUGGCUCCUGUGGCUGUGUCCAUGGCCCAGCCCUUAGCAGGAAUCACAAUGAGCCACACUACUACUCCUAUGGUGACUUACCCCAUUGCUUCCCAGAGCAUGCGCAUCACAGCCAUGCCACACUGACAGGACUUAUGGAUACUUUACUCCCUGUUACAGCAUUCGAGGGCUGGGGUCAAGGGGCCCUACCCACUUGCGUAGCCCUCCCAGGCUCUGUCCAAAGGGCCACUCAGAAACUAGGACAAGAGACUACAAAGAAUAUACUUGGUAGGAGCAUCUCCUGAGGCAGGGUUGUGCUGAUGUGUUCUCCCAACUCUUGAGAGGGUCCUCUCCUUCAGGCCUCAACUCAAACAGGCUCACAUAGAAGUUGAGACUGAAGCCAGCAGAAAGAAAGGACUAAGGGACUGUCUUUUCUCAUAGGAAUUUUGGGGUGUCCCGGUCUUAUUUUCAUUGUGAAAGCACAGAUUCCAGCACUGGUGUGGGAGAGAAAAUUUCCCAACCCAGAGAGAGAGCCAGGAAAGAUGGAGAGAGUAAAAGUCAGUGGUCAGGAGCAAAGACCUCAUGAGUCUUCAGAUGGUUUGGGGCCCAAAAAUACUCCUGGGCCCCUGGGAAGGCUGGGACCAUAGUACUCCAACCCAGAGUAGGGGAACAUUCACUUACCUCGCUUGGCCUGGAAAUCUGUAGGGCAGUGCCCACUACUUUCCAAAGAAAUAAAAGAACGUUAUUUUUUAACAAAAGAA